AUGUCUACUAAUGGUCCUUCCCCUAUUAAGGAAAACACUCAUGAGAUCGCUCUCUUGAAAGAGCAGAUGGCAGAAAUGAUGCACAUGAUGCAACAACUGGUUGUAGGAGGGAAUCGAGAUUCAUCUGGUCCUACUCUAAAGGGCUCUGCACCCCAGUCUGAAAAUGAGACCCAUCUUCCACCAAAUCCAAUUCAAGGCCAAACCACAUCGCCAUUCGUUCCACAAGGGGUUAACCAAGAAUCAAAUCCUUCAAAGGAUAAGACCUCAGAGUUUGGUUACGGUCAGGUCAAAAGUCAAGUGGAGACUCUGACUAAGAAAAUCCAUAUCAUAAAGGGCUUUAGCGCCCGAGGAAAUGUUGAUUUGGACAACUUGACCAAUUUUCCUCAAGUCAUUAUGCCUUCUAAGUUCAAAGCACCUGAAUUUGUCAAGUAUGAUGGCACUGGAGAUCCUUGCCCCCAUCUGCUCAUGUUCUAUAGGAAGAUGGCACCUUAUGGAGACAAUCAUCCAUUUCUCUGUCAGAUUUUCCCUGAUAGCUUGAUUGGUCCUGAUGCCACAUGGUAUGUGAGAUUGGAAAAGACGUCAAGCUGGAGAGAGAUGGCCAAUGCAUUCUUGGAGUAUUAUUGGUUCAAUACUGAGAUAGCUCUCAAUCGCAUAGUUCUUCAGAGGAUAGAAAAGAAAAGUGGGGAAUCUUUCCGUGAGUAUGCCCAGAGGUGGUGCAAGCUAACUGCCCAAGUGCUUCCUCAUAUGAUGGAAGAUGAAAUGAUCAAGUGGUUCAUUGAUAACCUUAAGCCUAAUUACUAUAAGAAGAUGAUCAGUGCCCAAGUCACUUACUUCGCAAGCUUGAUUCCUAUUGGGGAGCGUAUUGAUGAGGGUAUUAGGAGCAAGAAAAUAGCCAAUCCCGAAGCUUUGAAUUCUAUGAUAGAACAACAAGUGAAAAGGGCAACUGACCAUAAAGGGAAGGAAGCCGAUGUCCACAUGAUCGACAAAAUGCCUGAAGGAUUAAGGGGUGUCGUUUCUACUUAUAUAGCUCCAAAUGUACGAACCUAUAUGAAGACCCGAUCCACCUAA